AUGUCAUAUGCAAAUCAGACUCAGUAUCUGGGGUUACUGGAAAGAGUGUCAUCUUCCAUUGUGACUACAGUGCCAUGUUGUGUGUUUCUCUUCAUUAAUGGGACCUUGUUAUUCACCUUGAGGAGUAAACCAGUGUUUUGUGCGACUCCCCGUUACAUUCUUCUGUUUAACCUCCUUCUUGCAGACACUGUACAGAUGGCACUGAGCCAGUUAAUGUAUGUAAUCGCUUCUUGUAGAAUAUUGCUGACGUAUCCUGUGUGUGGCUUUCUCAACAUGCUUGGUUAUCUCACAAGUGAAAUCUCUCCUCUCACACUGGUGGUGAUGUGUCUGGAGAGAUUUGUAGCUGUGUGUUACCCACUGAGGCACGCUGCCAUCAUCACCGUCAGAAACACAGGGGGGGCCGUCACUGGGGUUUGGGUCUUCAGUUCACUAAAUGUCCUCACUCGGGUUAUUUUGCUAAUAAUAUUUCCCUUUGAAGACCUGCAGAUGAAAGAUGUGUGCUCUAUCACAGCCAUGUUUCUUUACCCAGUUUCUGCUGUUUAUGACAAAGCCUACACUUGUUUUCUGUUUGUAUCAGCGGGUUUGGUAAUAACUUCCUCCUAUAUUGGUGUGAUGAUAGCAGCCAGGUCGGCCUCCACAGACAAAGCUUCAGUCCGUAAGGCUCGUAAUACACUGCUGCUGCAUCUGGUGCAGCUGGGCCUCUGUCUCUCCUCAACAGUGCAAAACUCAUUGCUCUUAGCUAUCUCACAAAUUGUAACGAGGAUAGAAAUUAUGCGUAUCCAGGUUUUUUUUUAUCUGUGUAUGGUCCUCCUCCCCAGAUGUCUGAGUGCUCUCAUCUAUGGCCUCAGAGACCAGACCAUCAGACCCGUCCUCAUGUACAAUCUAUGCUUUCGACUGAAAUGCUCAGUAGCCCCAGCCAAGGCCAACUGUAGUGAUUGA